AUGCUGCAGAGUGUGAAUCCCGCUCUGAUACGGAGACCCGUAUCGGCAUGUCGGCAGAGAAACUUUGGUUCGUUUAUCAGAAGUGUUCUCUGUCUUGAUCCUCCGCCAUCACCGAACGACCCUACACCUGAGAAUAGGUUUCACCCAUGGGACUCAUCACCGGCCUCUGAUUUGCGCACAAGAGCUGCGUUUAUCCGUACCAAAGCUUUGUGUCCCGUAACCAACAAGGAGAUCAACUACACUUGUCCCUAUUCGGGAAUCCCAACCCAUCAUUCUAGAGAAGCUUGGGAACAGGACACGGAGUAUCAUGCGACCAAGCGAUACGAGCUUUUGAAGCUCGUGAAUAUCUACGAGCAUGACCUCAGAAGUGGACGAGAGUUUCCGGAGUUUGAUUUUCCCGAGGCGCAAUAUCGUGAGAGUCUGGUGAAUUUAGCAAACUGGGACACGUUUUUCUACACAAGACAAUUUGUUUCCAUGGACUCAGACUUCCAGUUGGCUGCGGUCACCAAGAUGCUCAGUUACCCCAUGACGAUUGCCGCUUUGUUGCAUCAACAUUCGCCCUACUUUAUGAAGCCAAAAGGCCCAAUCACCUUGGAAGGGCUGAAGUCGCUGGCGGCAUUGCGGUAUACGCUGUAUCCCGAGGCCAGGGUCUCCAGUAUGAAGGAUAGGCCCAUCAGACUUUUCAUGCUUGGGGCCAGAGCCGAGUCGCAAUUGCCCGGUCAUGUUUGGAAACAAUUAUCCUACCUAUUUCCUAACCUGACGUUCGAGCUUCAUUUUAUUGGGCCCGAGGCUCUUUUGGAUCGUGAACGUGGCCAAUACGCCUAUUCUGAAAGACCCGUGAUCCAAAGACUUGAUGAUAGUAUGGUGUUUGUGCACCACACUGAGUACUUCCACACACUCCAUGAGGCCCAGGACUUUUUUCCUUACGAUCCAUAUCUCGAUGUGUUUUUCCUGUUUCACCCAGGCCUUUCUUCCCCUCAAACUACUGACCUUUGGAGGAAGUCCAUGCCAGGACUGCUGGACUCCAAGUGUGCGCUUUUCCUGACUGGCUACCACGAGACUGACAUCGACAAUGACAUCAAAUGGCUCGAGGACAACUACGCGGAUGAGAUGGACUUGCUCAUGGAAAAGAGACCUAACCUUUAUGGCUCGACCAAGUGGGAGCUCAAUGAUAUGAACCCCCACGAAGUAUUUCAGUUCAACCAACAGGUGUACGGCUUCAGAGGCAAGCGUUACCAUGCCAUCAACCAAGACUGA